AUGAAUCGUCAAGCCUUACAACUAACAAGUCUAUGCAUGGCAAGUUUCUGUCCUUCACUAGUCGGCGCACUGAUAGGGUGCAUGGGUUUCGGCGACAAUCCACGAUUGGGGCUGAAGGGGAUGAAAUGUCGAACGAGGAGAGGCUACGGGCGAUAUGUGAUGCGAGAGACGGUAGACCCAAAUGCGAAGGAGGGUGAAGAGGCCUUGAGUGAGAUUGUCGGAAAACGCAUUGCUGCACUCAAUGCCGUUCUCGAGAAAGCUACUGCAAAUUUCCAGCAGAGCAUAAACACGUGUGGUCUAAACAAACCGGUAGAAAUUGAUUCAGAAGAGGAUAUCUACCACAACAUACAACAAAACCGGUCUGCCCGGUCUGUACUUGCAGAAGUGGCUGUAUUCAUUGUUAAUCGAGUCAUGUAUGCAUGA